UCGUGGCUGUAGGCUUAUUUUUUGUAGGACUAGAAAGUAGGACUAGGACUUCUCGAGUCCCGAAUACUGAUCAUCUCGUCUCCGAUUUUCUCGACGGUUCUCGUAGCUCGCGACUCCCCGUCUUUUAUAUGUUUUUAUAUAUAAUCUAAUUCUAAUAUCUAAUAUAUUGUAGAUUGUAGUCCGUACUUUGUAGUUAGUUAUUUCAAGAUGGCGGCAAAGAGUGGUGGUGACGUUUAUUGGAGUUCUGUUAUAAAACCAAUUUUAACUGCACCUUAUGGGUGUUUCAAUACAAAAUAUAUUAUUGACCUAGUCAAAGUUAUAAUUCAAUGUGAACCAGAAUUAAUAUCCCACGAUGAAGAAUGUGAAGGCUUUUAUACAUCGUUUGUUGCAUUGGCAGCAGAUUAUAUCGGUACCUGUGCAAGUACUUUUACUAAAAAUCAAAUACCUGUUGUUUGGCAAGCAUGUAGAAUAUUAUUAACAUAUUUAAUCGGUAAAUUACCGCAACAGACUUCUCAACCAGGAGAAAGUAAUGGUCCAACUAUUUUAACAACACGACAAUUAUUGUUAUCAAUAAGAGCAUUAUGUAUUGGAGAUUCUUUACUUGCAAACUCAGAAGAAGUUGCUUUAAUUGCUAUAAUGAAAAAUACAAAAGUUCCUCAAAGUGUAAAAAAUUCACCUACAGUUGGUGAAAAGGAAAGUCCUCCACAACCAAUAAAAGAAACAAAACGUGUUCGUAAUGAUUUAUCAACAAGUAUUUUAGAACAAUUAACUAUGCCUUUACAAGAUUUUGCUAUCAAUAAUGACACUGCUUUUGAUAGUAAUAAUAAAUCUAAUUCUGAUAAUGCAAGCAAUGAACGAGGAACAGAUAUAAAGUUAAUGUUCAUUGCAAACAAUAUCAAUACUCUUCAAAGUAUGGGCGCAGGGGAUAUACUUCUUAAUAUGUGUUCCAAUCUACCACAUUUAUCUCGUUAUGCAAGAAAAUAUCAAGCAUACUUGAACAGAAAAAGUUUUUGCUUACCAGCAAAUCAAUCGGAAGCUCAUACAAUACGUCAUAGUCUUCAUUCUGUUGUCAAUGAUAUUAAUAUUGUACAUAAUAUUGUAUCUUUACCAAUUCUUGAACCAUUGACCCCAGCAAAAUUAGAAAAAUUGUCAUUGCUAACUAUGGCUUGUCUUUACUGUUCAAUUGCAAAUGCUACAGCAUCAAGUAUUGUUGGAAUUACUAAUGCAAUUUCACCAAAAUGCAAUUCUAAUGCAAGUGUUAAUCCACAAAGUAGUCAAAGUACUAAAAGUACUGAAGAAGAAUAUGAUGCAUUAGCUAUUACAGUUGUAGAACGAAGUUUAGAAAUUUUUACUUUAGUUUCCAAUAUAAUUAGACAUAGUACAAGAGCUGGUGGGCAUAUACUUCAAAAUCAUUUAUUAAUUGGUGUAUGGCUUUUGGUGGCUGGUUUACAAGCUCAAUUAUCCGUUAGUAGUUUUAGUGUAACUGAUAAAGGAAAAGAAGAAAAAGGAAAAUCACCGAGUAAAGCACGCGAUGGAAGUGGUAGAAUAAAUUUAAUGAAAGUACAACAAGGCUUUGGUGUUUUAUCAGUGGCCUUAGCAUCACAUGCACUUACGUUAAUGGGUGCUCUUUUAGAAGAUGUUUCUGUUGAAGCUGGCGUAGAACAAAUUUCACCACCAGAACCAGCUCCUUUAGAUAUUUUAGCUACUGCUACAGCUUUAGAAAGAGUAUCGACAUUUUUCCAAGCUGCACCUUUAAAUCAUUUAUUGUUUUAUUUAGCAACUAUAAGCUAUCGAAAAGCUUGCACACUUAAAAGAAUACAAAAACAUCCUCUUGAAGGUGAUACAUUAAGUCAAUCUGAUUCUACAACUUAUUAUGAAGAUCUUUAUAGUUGUUCUGAAAGUUCCACUGAUCAAGAAGAAGAUAGUGAACCUAUUUUGGGACUUUGGUUUGAAGAGACUUUAGAUUCAUCUGAUGGACCUCCUGCUAGUACAGCAAAAGAUACUAAUGAAGAAGCAAAUACAGAACGCAAUGCAACUGUAGUACCUGAUAAUCGAGAGCCUCAUGGGUACAUUGCAUUAGCAACUCAAAUUUUUCAAUUCAUGAAUCAACAUUUGAUUGGCAGCAGAAGUGCCUAUGUAAGAGAAUAUGUUGUCAAUGGUUUAGUAGAACAACAAAUGGUAAUAUUAGCUGCAAUAAUAAGAGAUUUAGACCAUGAAGCAGCUCGUACAGAGACAGGUACUAUUUCAGUUUUUUAUGGUGCCACAUUAGGUGCAAUGUAUUCUGAAUUUUCACAAGCUUUAAGUCGAUAUACACAUAAUUUAUUAGCAAGAAAUACAUUGAGUGAAACUUUGCAGAAUACUUUGCUUCACCACUUAGGGGUUAGUCCUUGGUCAACUGAAAGUGCCAAUUCUUCAUCUUGGCCUUUACAAGUAUAUCCAAGAACACUCAGUGUUCUUGCUCAGAUACUUCUAUUAAAACCACAAUCAGAGAAAGAAGCAGCUUGUAUUAGCAUUUGGCAGAGAUUAGUAACAACAAUGGUUGAAAAUGUUUGUAAUCCUCCUAUGACUUUUGAAACUGAAAACGAAGAUUUGAAUGUAGAACAUGCCCAACUUGUUCUUUUUCUUUUUCACUCAUUGAAUUUAAUGCAAAAGAAAUCUGUACUUCUUGUAACGGGUAGUGGAGCAGUUCGAUGUAGCGAAGCAAUUAAAAGUCCAAUGAAGGAUUCGCAAAUAUUACAUUUAUCACGUUUACUUCUUCUUCUCGAAUACAUGAUGAAACAUUUAUACGAUGCACCUACUAGUUUACUAGAACAAGUUCAAUGGAAUUUGUUUUCUGCUACUAGUCUAGUCUCUGAUACUAAAGAAGGACCUAAGCAAGCUGCAAGAAUUUAUACUCCAUGGAAAGAGAUUGAAGAUAAUUAUCGAAAUUUUGGUCCACAAGAUGAAUUUUCCAUGAAACCACGAUUUUACAAUCUGACUACUUAUGAUUUUAAUAAUCAAGAUACACCUAAAUUAGAUGGAUUGGCUUAUAAUUUUAUUUUGGGAACGCCCGAUAAGAUGAAAUAUCCAUUAUUGAUUGAUGCUCUUAUCGAUAUUUUGAAUAUUUUAAACCAAACUAACUUACCUAGAAAAUCUGGAUCAGAGAAUAAAGACAAAAUGAGCUGUACUGGUUUAUUUGCUACGCAAUACUGCUUUUCCAUUUGUUGGAGAUUAUUACUCAUGUUACCACCAUCGACCCCUUACAUGGAUAAACUUGCUUUAGGAGAAGAAAUUCCAGCAGGUCCACUUUUACUUCAUUCUUUAAUAUGGGGACCACGUGCUGCUUAUAAAACUUUCACUGGUUGGAUGAAGGAUUGUUUGGUUAAACAAGGCAUGUACACAGAAUAUGCAAAAAAUUUAUUAAAAACAGUUUCAUCAACUGUUAAUUCUUUAAAAUACGAUGUGGCACUUGCAAAAAAUUGUAUAAAAUCUUUAAAACCAGAGGUUAACGCAAAUGAAAAAAUUAUACCAAAAUCGUCUUUACCAAAACUGAGUUCACUCUGUAUUUUAGCUGCAGUAAUAGGAAAAUUGCAAGUUGUAAUGGAUGAAAGUAUAUGGAAGUCUACUAGUGAUAAUAUCGAAGCUUCAAAAGUUCAACAAACAACAGAGUCUACUGCUUCAAACGCAAAUAAACUUGUUGUAGAAAUAUUACCACAUAUUUUAUCAUUGACUGAUGCAAUUUUAGUGUCGUGUCGAUCUAAUAUUUUAUAUCAAAUCCAAGAAACUUCGGAAAAUAGUAAAAAGUAUACGAUGAGAGAUUUUCUUAUUCUUGAUGAAAUAAUUUGCAUGAGUGGUGCAACUUGGGCAAGUGAACCUUCGCUAAUUAGUCUGCUACCAAACAAUGUGCGAUCAGUACUCGAUAAAUGGAAAAAUAUAAAUUUUUCUCAUGUUCCUUGGAACAACUAUGCCAAUGAUAUUAUUCCAGCUGAAAGUUAUAUUUUAACAACUAUUAAUCAUCACAUUAAUUCUUUAUCGGAAUACGGAUCAUUUUCUAUUAAUCCAUCUUUGAAAAAUUUAUUAUAUUCAUUGGUCACAUUUAUCAUGGAAUAUGUAAAAUCUACAACAGAAAAUUCUGAAAUUCGAAAUCAUGCUAUAGAUAUUCUUAUUUCAUUAACAAUGGAUAUGCGAACAGAGUCUUUCCAUAAAUUGGCUUCAGCAACUCUGAAUACCUUGAUUGGUGAGCCAGAGAGUGAAGUUCGACAGAUACGAGAACAUUUAUUUGUACUCAAUCGUACAUAUAAUUUAAUCGUUGAUUAUACCAGUAAUUCCGAUGAUACGAUUAACAUAUCAAUUGAUGGAAAUAUUUUAAAACAAUGUAUUAAGUAUUGGGAACAAUUAUUAGAAAAACCAGUCGGUUGUAAAGCUUUGGAUCAAUUUUUUGCACCAAACACAAAUAGAACGCUUGUGUCAGUUCUUCUUUCAAUAGCAUCACCACAAUCCUCUCAACAGUUCAGUAACCACGUAUUACACUUUUUUAAUAAACUUUUUAAAGCCGCUGAAAAAGAAAACGACGGCUCUCUUGAUCGACUAUGUAGAUCAGUAUCCAAUUUAGCUAAAGUGGAUAAUGAAAAGCUCCAAUCAUGGCUUGGACAUGUUAUUCUUGGAACUUCAAGUCUUGCUUCAAACACACCACCUAAAAAUUUACCAGCGCCAGUAGUUCCAUCAGCUUCCAUCACAACACCUGUUGCUUCCACUUCUGAAGAAGCACCUAAAAAUGAUACAACAAAUAAUAUUCAAAAUAAUGAACAAGUUCAAGGGCAAUGGCAAACAUUAUUGACAGACGCUUCAACACCAAAUAAUCAAGCACCAGCGUCAAUUGAAGAGCAACCGUCUUUACUAGAAAAUAAUCAAUUGCUUCGAGCACUUACUAGUUAUAUUGUUAAAGAACAUAGUAUUGUCAGCGAUGGGGUAUCAGUUACCAUUCUUCAAGGCCUUAUACCAAUAGCUUCUCGCAUUUUGUCUACAUCUGCAGAAGGUGUGAGUUUUUCUGAAUUAAUGCAAGUAAUGUCAACUCUAGCGGAUGCUGGAUCUGAUAAAGGUCACGUUUUGCUUUUUCAAUCUGCUAUUAAAUGGAUAGAGCUGUGCAAGGGACAGCUCUUGAUUAAAGAACCACAAAAUCUUGACAAGUCUUCAUCAUAUAUAGAAGCAGGAUGUUGUAUAUUGAAUUAUGUAGCCGAUAUUAUGAAUGCAGUCUGUCCUCAGAAACUUAUUCAAGAUCGUGCAACGAGUCCACCAUGGGAAGGUGCGCAGCCAUGUAAUGACGUUACGGACAGUGAUUGGAUCGAUGAAAUCGCUCACGAUGAUGACGACAGCGGUGCUGAAGACUCGGACGAGGAUAAUCUGUGCAACAAACUUUGUACAUUCACUAUAACACAGAAGGAAUUUAUGAAUCAACAUUGGUAUCACUGCCAUACUUGUAAUAUGGUAGAUGGCGUAGGGGUUUGCUCGGUCUGUGCCCGUGUUUGCCAUAGGGGUCACGACGUCACCUACGCCAAGUAUGGUAACUUUUUUUGCGACUGUGGUGCAAAGGAAGAUACAUCCUGUCAGGCACUUACAAAAAGAAGUCCUCAGAGUUCUGAACAUCCAACUACUAAUGGAGCAUCAUAUCAUAAUGCUAACGGAAACAGUGAUAGUCAAAUGUUAUUGACAAGUAGUCUUAGACGUAGAGCAUCGAGUCCUGUGCACUUCAAUGAAAAACACGAACGAAGUACAAAAGACAAGCAAAAGCAACAAGCUCUCGCUAAACAAUUAGAAGGUUCAAAGGAUUGGAUCUUAUCGAAAUUGUGGGGCAGUGGAUUAGUUCUUUCGUUAGUAGAACUGACUAAUGGCUUAAUACCAGCAGUCGAAUCAUCUUGUGAAAAAUUUUCACCCGUCGGUUGUCACUCACGAGCACAAGCUGCUUUGUCACAACUGCACUAUGUACAAAAAAAAUUCGAACAUACCGAUCAACUUAUGCUACCAACACUUGGAUCGCAAGAAGGAGCUUUUGAAAAUGUGCGAAUGAAUUAUUCAGGUGAUCAAGGACAAACUAUUCGUCAACUUCUAUCUGCACAUAUGAUUAGAAGAGUAGCUAUGUGCUGUUUAUCUUCUCCACAUGGAAAGCGACAGCAUCUUGCCGUGUCCCAUGAAAAAGGAAAAAUCACAGUUCUGCAAUUAAGUGCUCUUUUAAAGCAAGCCGACUCAUCGAAGCGUAAAUUAACUUUGACUCGCUUGGCUUCAGCUCCGAUUCCAUUCACUGUUCUCUCAAUGACGGGCAACCAAUGGAACGAGGACUUUUUGGCAGUUUGCGGUCUUAAGGACUGCCAUGUACUUACGUUUAAUAGCACGGGAACUGUUUCUGAUCAUUUAGUAUUACAUCCCCAUCUUGAGACUGGCAAUUUCAUCAUUAAAGCGAUCUGGCUUCCAGGUUCUCAAACUCAGUUGGCUCUUGUUACAGCUGACUUUGUUAAGAUUUAUGAUUUAAGUAAGGAUGCCCUGUGUCCUCAGUACUAUUUCCUCGUACCAACUGGAAAAAUACGCGAUUGUACUUUUAUACACACGGAAAGCAAUGAAUUUCAUAUGCUAUUGAUGUCAUCUGCUGGUUAUAUAUAUUGUCAGGCUAUGGAUGAAGAGAGUUUAGCAAAGCAUGGACCUUUCUUUGUCACCCAUACUCUCAUUGUCUAUCACUCCGAUAUCAAGGAUAAUGGACAAGUAUGUGGCGGCGGAGUUUCCAUUUAUUACUCACAUGCAUUGCAGCUGCUUUUCUUUAGUUAUGGCAGUGGCAAAAGUUUUGUUGCACCUAUGAAGUAUGUUGAUGACAUCGAUCAUGUUAAUAUGAUUAACAUUUCUAAUAAGGCGAACGGUAGUGGAGGUAGUGGCAGUGGCAAUAAGUCAAACAAUAAUCAGCCUCAGCCAUUGUGUCAGUGGAGCGAAGUAGCCAAUCAUCCGGGUCUCGUUUGUUCGGUUCUUCAGACCAGCAAUAAUCCUGUUAUUUUCAUGAUCAAGCCAGAUACGAUAAUGAUUCAGGAGAUUAAAGUUGUGCCAGCCAAAGCUAAAAUUAUGGAUAUGGUAGCAAUUCGACAUCCAAGUUCAAACGCGGAACACCGUACAACUUUAAUUCUUUUAUGUGAAGAUGGCAGUCUUAGAAUCUAUAUGGCUGCUAUGGAACAAACUGGAUUUUGGAUGUCAUCGAGCGUACAGCCGGUAGGAUUGAUUUCAAACUUGAAACAGACAAAGAAAAAGAAGACUCUGAAAUCGAAUAAACCCACGGCUUCCGUUAAUUUCCCAAUUGAUUUCUUCGAGCAAUGCCAGGUGAUGAACGAUGUUGAAUUCGGUGGCAAUGAUUUACUGCAAGUUUACAAUGUUCUGCAAAUUAAACAUAGAUUGAACACUACUGGUAUGUAUGUUGUUUCAACAAAACCUAGGGGAUUUACUGUAGAAGUUACAAAUAACGACCCCAUUUUGGUUAUGACGGGAAUUCGAGUUCAACUGGGAACUCAAGAUAUACAACGAGCCCCAUUAUAUAUAAAGGUAUUUGGAAGAAGUAUUGUUAGAGCAACAUUGACACGAAGUCGGUGGUUUGAUAUACCAUUAACAAGAGAAGAAAGUCUUCAGGCAGAUAAGAAACUUAUAAUCACAUUCGGUUCCUCUCAUGAUCCAGAAGAUGUUACAAUGGUUGAUUCUAUCAAAAUAUAUGGAAAAAGUAAAGAUGCUUUUGGAUGGCCGGACGAGUCGGAAGAUAUUCCUGGAGGGCAAUCAGCGCCUGCACAGGUCACAACAGGAGCUAUUGCAAAUACUAAUUCAGAUAAUCCAACGGUUUCACCAACAUCGUUAACUGCUAUAGAUAAAAUGGUUUCAAGUAUACUCGAAGUUUUGGAGUCGUCAUUCACAUUGUCUACUGAUGAGACUAAAGCAACAUUAAAACAAACAGCAGUUGAAGUUGCUUCUAAUUUAUUGACUUUACCAACACCUCCAUCUGUGCAAAUUCAUACUACUGCACUCCUUGCAGCUCUACAUAAUUCAAAAUCUAAUUAUCACUCGCACAAGGAUCAAGUCUUGUUAACUCAUGUUCUUGAUUCAUUGAAAGCAAUGCGCGAGACUGAAGACCCUUGUGAUAUUGAUGCUGAAAACUUUUAUCGAUUAAUUUUAAUUGUAAGAAGUGUAGCAGUUACUCGUCCACAAAAUUUGUAUAAAUUUGCUGAACAGAAUUCAGUAAAAGCAAUUGAUGAGAAUUCAAUUUUCAUUUUCGAACAAGAUAGAUUGGCAUCUCAAGUAACAAAUGAAGAAAAUAAUAAUCUGCACUUAAUGCUCCAGUUGAUGAACGUCUUAUGGUUGCUACAUGCUGCUUAUCCAAAAAAUUUAGCACUAGUGCCAGUAGUGGUCCCUGGGCUUACCCAUACAGAGGCUAUUAUUCAUGCCAUUAUUGAGAUAAUUCAUGCUUUCACAAUAUGUGAUAUGGAUGGUUUCACUCCAGUAGCAGCAAAACUUUAUUUACAACUUUUACUUAGUUCUGACACAACUAUUAGCUUUAACGCGAAACAAGCCAUAAUAAAAGUACUACGACCACGAUACAAACGACGUAGAGUUUAUAUACCAAGUCCUCCACAUUAUUCCAAUUCGAAUAUGACAGUAAAAACUGAGGACAAGCCUUUGGCAGUGAUACCACAGUCACAACCACUAGAACCACCUGAGGUUGAUGAGCAGUUCGACGUCGAUAAUGUCGUACCAAUGGUGUUAUUGGGUGCAGAAGGUGGUAAUCAAGCGGUUAACGCGGCAGCACGAGCGGUUAAUCCUUUAGAAGCUCUUCUUGGUCCAGGUGGCUUUCCACAGCUUCUUGAUAUUCCUCAGGCUGAGGACGACGAGGCCAUGGUUGAAUUCGCUAUUGCGCUUAGUAUGCAGGAUACAGAAGCUGGCGGACAGAUAGAGGUCCUACAGCAAGGGUUUCAGCAGGGAUUAGCAAAUCUUCAAGCUCUUGAAGCAUUAGGAAAUCUUAGUGGACAAGCAUUGCAAAGACUACAGGAUCUUGCUCAAGGACUCGCUCAGGUGCAGGGUUCUGCUCAGGGACAAGAGGCAGGCCAUUAUUCUGAUACUACUGCUUCAGCUGGAGGUUCGGAUGAUGAAGGAUCAACAGCAGCGACCGAUGGCAGUACAUUAAGAACAUCACCAGCUGAGCAAGGUGGCAGUGGUGGUAGCAAAGGAAGCGAAAGUGGUGGUAGCGAAAGUGGCGGCAGUGCAGUCGACAGCAUAAUGGGCGAGCAGAACGUAUCUGGUCGCAGUUCGGCAUAUGGAGAUGGUCAAGUCGACGGCUUAUCAGCAAGCGGCAGCCGAACUAAUCAGCAGGCACGAUCUGAAAAUAGCUCUCUUAGUGCACCCGUAAAUUUCGCUCCAGAACAAGAAGUUAAUACUGAGCAAGAGCAAGGGGAAGAGCAAGAGAACGAUAUUCCUGGAGAAGUAACAACCAAUCUACACGAUGUGCGACUUCUGCUAUUAGAUAGAUUAAUGCAAUUCAUACCCAAUUUAUCGAAUGUUCCGGGUGUUCGAGCGAUUCCUUUUAUGCAGGUUAUCCUUAUGCUAACCUCUGAUCUCGAUGGCCAAGAUGAAAGGGAUAGGACUUGUUUCGCAAAUUUAUUGAAUUUAUUCGUGAAAGAACUUAAUAUGGAGAAACCUGAUAUAAAUGAAAUAUGCUGUAGAACAAAUAAGAGGGAAGUGCAUCUUGUUAUUAUGAGAUUAUUAAGUGUAUUGAUGUCUCGAUCUAAAUAUAAUACAAAGAGUCAAUCUGAAAGUUCUAAUUUCACAUCUCAAAUGAUAGCAAUUAUAUUGAGCAAAUCUGGCGUCAUUGAUUACUGUUUAAGCUUAUUGAAAGCGUUACUCGAAUAUUGGAAAACUGUUUCUACGGAUGAAUCAGGAAAUAUUAUUGGUGGACAAUUAUUAAAGGAACAUCUUAUAACAUCGCCACCUGACAUGUCACCAUUCUUCUUACGCUUAUAUGUAAAAGGCCAUGCUAACGAUGUUUUCGAACCUUAUCCUCAAUUGCUAACAGAAAUGGCCUUAAGAUUGCCAUAUCAAGUACAUAAAUAUGCAGAGGCUAAUACAGUUCAGCCAGCAUUUGAUAAGCAAUCAUGGUACUUUUAUCUUUGUGAGUAUAUGAUGUCUUAUCAAACACCAUUUGUACGUCGUCAAGUUCGAAAGCUGUUGUUAUUCAUAUGUGGUAAUAAAGAAAAAUAUAGGCAACUCCGUGAUCUUCAUGCUUUAGUUUCUCAUGUAAAAUCUGUUCAACAAUGCUGUAAUAGCGGAGGAUAUGAUGUUCUCGAGCCCAUACCUCAUUCAAUAAAUUUACCAUAUGAUUCUUUAGUCGAAUUAAUAGAACAUUUGAAAUGUUGUGUUGAAAUAGCCACUAGUCGAACGGGUAAUUGGCAACGAUUCUGUUUGAAGCAUAAUACAGUAUUAUCUUAUUUAUUUACAAUAUCGACGCUUUUGGACGAAGGAGUUAGUCCAACUGUUUUACAAUUGCUUCAGUGUGCCAUUUGUUCUUCAUCAAAGACAAAAGAUGUAAAAAGCAAAGAUUUAAAAUCAGCAAUCAAUACUAAAGAGAGGCGAGAUCGUGACAAAUCUGAAGAUUCUGAUAGCGAAGCUAAAUUUGAAGAAACUCAGUGUAUUAUUUUAGUUGAACAGAUCCAGAAGCAAGUUUCUCCUGCUUUACUCACCAAAUUUAUACAGACUUUCCUUUUAGAAACAAAUAAUACAAAUAUUCGUUGGCAAGCCCAUUCUUUAAUUCUUGCUUUUUACAAAAACUCUAUUGCUACCGAUCAAGAGGCUCUUCUAGAUCACUUAUGGCGUCUUUGGGCACUUUUACCAAUUUAUGGACGUAAAGCUGCUCAAUUUGUUGACCUAAUCGGUUACUUUUCUCUUCGAACACCUCAUAAUGGCAAGAAAAUGUAUUCGUACAUGGAACAAGCAGUUACCGUGCUCCAUACUCAAAACCAAUUACUUGCUCGACAUCCCAAUGCUAACCUUUAUGCCAAUUUAGCUCAAUUCGUUGAGCUUGAUGGUUACUAUCUAGAAAGCGAGCCCUGCCUUGUUUGCAACAAUCCAGAAGUUCCAAUGACCACGAUAAAGCUUUCAUCUAUCAAAAUUGAUUCCAAGUUCACGACGACCACGCAAAUCAUCAAAUUAGUUGGUAGUCAUACCAUCAGUCGCAUAACCCUUCGUAUCGGUGAUUUAAAACGGACGAAAAUGGUUCGCUCCAUUAAUGUUUUCUACAAUAACAGAACGGUUCAGGCUGUUGUCGAAUUGAAAAACAAGCCCGCCAUGUGGCAUAAGGCAAAAAAAAUAAGUCUUGUUCAAGGUCAGACUGAAGUGAAAAUGGAAUUUCCUUUACCUAUCGUUGCGUGCAAUCUGAUGAUAGAGUAUGCCGAUUUUUAUGAGAAUAUUCAGGCGUCUUCGGAAACCCUCCAAUGUCCACGUUGCUCAGCGAGUGUUCCAGCUAAUCCUGGCGUAUGCGCCAAUUGUGGCGAGAAUGUUUUUCAAUGCCAUAAGUGUCGAGCCAUCAAUUACGAUGAAAAGGAUCCGUUUUUGUGUCAUGCCUGCGGUUUCUGCAAAUACGCUAAAUUUGAUUAUACAUUAACUGGUAGACCUUGUUGUGCCGUGGAUCCUAUAGAAAGUGACGAGGAUCGGAAAAAGACUGUAGUGACAAUAAACACAUUACUAGAGAAGGCGGAUAGAGUCUAUAAGACAUUGAUAGCAAACAAGCCAAGUCUGGAGAUGUUGCUAGUGAAGAUAUCGGAACAUCGACUCGAUCGAUUACUUGACGAUGGUGUAGUGACUCAAACGACAACAGGAGGUAGCGCCCAAGUGAAUCGGGCCAUACAGCUACUCGCGCAGAAGUACUGCGGCGAAUGCAAAACGUCUUUUGAGGAGCUUAGCAAAAUCAUACAGCGUGUGCUGGCUUGUAGGCGCGAGCUCGUUGCUUACGACAGAAAUCAGCGUGAUCAGGGGACUUUCCAGUUUCAGCGAACGACCAUCGUCACCGAGGGCCCGGAGAAAGACACAAGCUCGACAAUCCCGAUGGUUGGCAGAUGUUACGGAUGCGCUUCUUCGGCUACCGAGCACUGUCUCACUCUGCUCAGAGCUCUUGCAACUAAUAACGUGGCCAGGGAGGUACUAUGUAAGCAAGGACUAAUUCAAGAAGUGGUGGAGCACAAUCUCAGGAGAGGGACCAUCCAGGUACAAGAAGAGGUGAGACAAUUGUUAUGUCUUGUUACUCGGGAUAACGCACAAUCAACGAAGGAGUUAUGCUCACUAUUAACGAAUAGAGUGACUAUGACUCUAAGGGGUAGAGUCGUGACAUCAGAUCUAUCCACUGCUGUCAGGUAUGAAAUGGCUCUAUUAGGGGCACUUAUACAGAAGGAAGAUACGUGUUGGGAGCAGAAAUUGAGAUGCGUGAUGCAGUUGUUCUUGAUGGCCUGCAAAGAUUCUAAAAGUCCUGUGGUCAUGGAGAGUAUUAUUUUGCCUUGUCUUAAAAUACUACAAAGUUUAUUAAGACCCGAUCAACCAGUUUCAAAAAAGAACAAGGAUAAGACAAUUGACUCUUUAGCAACGGUUCAACCUCCUGAUGGGGUUAGUAUCGAUUUGGCAAAGUGGCUUAAUGGCGAUAUUAAAAAUUCUUAUGCUGAAUGGUUGCAAAGAAUGCCAAAAAAGAAGUCAGAUUCACAACAGAACAAGACUUUGAAAAAGGAGGAGGCUAGAAUACUCUAUUUGAGCGAAAAAUAUGGACACCGAUGGUAUUACCGCUGUACCCGCUUACGCGGCACUCAGCCUCUUAAACUCACAAAUGGCUCUUGGCUUAAGGAGGUGAUUUUUAAUCCAAGUUCACGACUCGCUCGGCAAGUCGUCUGCAAUAUGGUAGAGAAUUUGUGUCAAGGCACCGAUCGUAAAAAAGAAGUCCUACUUCUUCUUACGGGGUACCUAGACGAAUUGUGUAUCGCUGGGGAAAGCAGUGCCGAAUAUCUUUCUCUUUAUGAAAGCCUUAUCAGGCAAGGCCCUUGGAAGCAGUUCUUAGCAGUUAGGGGCGUUCUAAAUAUAUUGGCUGAUUUGUUGACAAGAGAGAUUGCUGAGCUACACAGAUUAGAAGAGACAACCCUGACGAGUGAUCUUGCUCAGGGAUAUGCAUUAAAAAUGUUAACAGAGUUAUUGGCAUUCUUUCUUGAGCAGGAGAAUAUUAAGCAACAUUAUAAAGGUAGACUAGUCGGAGCAGUACUCAAUGGGUAUUUGUCACUAAGGAGACUUGUUGUGCAGCGAACAAGACUAAUCGACGAUACCCAAGAUACUCUACUCGAGCUAUUGGAAGAGAUGACUACAGGGACACAGGAGGAGACCAAAGCAUUUAUGGCAGUUUGUGUUGAAACAGUGCAAAAAUAUAGUCCUCAGGAUAUACGCACACCUGUAUUUAUCUUUGAAAGGCUUUGCUCAAUUAUAUAUCCUGAGGAAAACGACGUAGGAGAAUUCUUUUUAACUUUAGAAAAAGAUCCGCAACAGGAAGACUUUUUACAAGGACGUAUGUUAGGAAAUCCAUACAGCAGUUUACAGCCUGGCUUAGGUCCAUUGAUGCGUGAUGUCAAAAACAAAAUUUGUCAAGAUUGUGAGUUAGUUGCAUUGUUGGAAGAUGACAAUGGAAUGGAGUUACUUGUUAAUAAUAAAAUUAUCAGCUUAGAUCUUCCUGUUAAAGAGGUAUAUAAAAAAAUUUGGGUACUUGAAGGUGGUGAGUGUGAUGCGAUGCGUGUUGUGUAUAGAAUGCGUGGUCUUUUGGGUGAUGCUACCGAAGAAUUCGUUGAAACUUUGAACGUCAAUAGCGAGCAAGAAGUAAAUAACGAAGAAAUGUAUAAAAUGGCAAAUGUUUUAGCAGACUGCGGUGGUCUCCAAGUGAUGCUCGAGCGUUUAGCUGCAAUACAGGAUGUAAACAGGGCUAAACCUUUAUUGCAAGUGUUAUUGAAACUCUUUAGGCUUUCCGUUAAAGUGAAAAAGAAUCAGGAAGUCUUAAGUCAACCUGAAUUAGGAGCUGUUACGGUUUUGCUUGACGUUCUGCAACGUUGUCUUGAUACCGAGACAGACAAUUCUCAAUCAAAAGUUACAGAACAAUUACUCGAUAUUAUGGAAACUAUAUUGGCGAAUGCAGCGUCUCAGCCGUUGGACAAGUUCGAAGAGUUCUCUCGUACUUUGGGCAGUCCGGAGCAUGUAAAAGCUCUCCUCUCGUGCACACAGUCAUCCGCUGUCAGGUGUAGUACCAACGUAUUGCAACAUCUCGCAAGGGUUCUCGCAGCUUUAACUUACGGCAAUCAAGAGAAGAUGGAAUUGCUUUGCGACCACUUCAAGCCCGUCUUAAAUUUUUACAAAUUUGAUUUCGAGCAUACGUCAGAAGAUGAGCAGAAGCUCGAGCUCUUUUGCGUACUGACUCAAGGUAUUGAAAGAAAUGCCAUAGGAAAUACCUUGAAAGAUCAUAUUAUUAAUAUGAAUAUCGUAAAAGAUGCCUUCGAAUACAUAACGGUACACGCUCCUUGUGUUAAGCCAACUCUUCUCAGAACGGAUAGUGACGAGCUUAAAGAAUUUAUAUCUAAACCGGCAUUGAAAUAUAUCUUGCGCUUCCUCACUGGUUUAGCAACUGAUCAUGAGCCUACACAGCUUGCAGCGUCGCAGUUCACAAUUAGUAUAAUUCAUAGAUUGGAACAGGUCUCGUCUAACGAGCAUGUAGGUUCACUGGCUGAGAAUUUGUUGGAGGCUCUGUGCACAAAUAAAAAGGUUGCUGAGCUGAUCGAGGAGGCGCGCCAGCAUACGCGCAGCGAGAAAAAGCGUUUGGCAAUGGCUAUGCGCGAGCGGCAACUCGGUGCAUUGGGUAUGCGAACGAACGACAAAGGCCAGGUUACGGCGAGUGGCACGAUUCUUCAGCAGAUGGAGGACCUCGGCGACGAGACCGGUCUCGUUUGCGUCAUCUGUCGAGAGGGUUACAAAUUCAAACCAAAUAUGGUUCUCGGCAUCUAUACAUUCACAAAGCGUUGCAACGUGGAGGAGUUUGAGUCGAAGCAGCGCAAGACUGUGGGUUACACGACCGUUUCACAUUUCAAUGUUGUUCACGUUGACUGCCAUAUGUCGGCGGUACGAUUAGCGCGAGCGCGCGACGAAUGGGAAAGCGCCGCCCUGCAAAAUGCAAAUACAAAGUGCAAUGGAUUAUUACCGCUGUGGGGACCGCAGGUUCCAGAAUCAGCGUUUGCCAGCUGCCUUGCAAGGCACAAUACGUAUCUGCAAGAGUGUACGGGUCAUCGAGACAUUUCAUAUUCAUCAACGGUACACGAUUUAAAGUUGUUGCUCCUUCGUUUCGCCCAGGAGAAGAGUUUUCACGAUGAUACGGGUGGUGGCGGCCCUCAGUCCAAUAUACACAUUAUACCUUACCUCAUACAUAUGGCGCUCUACGUUAUUAAUACCACGAGAUCAGCAUCGAGAGAGGACAAAGCUCUUGUCGCCUACCUCGAAUCAACUCCCACUUCUUCUUGGCUAGAUAAUUGUUAUGACGCUGAGGGCCCGAUUUAUCAGUGCACCUUGUCCAUUUUGAUUAUGACGCCAACUCGCUGGAAUCAGACGAAACUCACGCAACUGCGAAGGUUGAUCAUUCUCGCGCAUCAGAGAUAUGUUUCACCUUCAGCGACGACCAAAUCUCUCACUGAUACUACCGUCAAAGAUUAUUCGGUUUAUAAGAGCGUUCUGAUAUUUUUCAAUAUUGUUCAGUGUAUUUAUGGAGUCUUUUUUAAGAAAGUUAAUGUUCUGAGCGAUGACCAAUGGCCAGCCGUUUUAGCGGAAUAUAUUAGACAUAACGAUGAGGCUUUACUCAAAGCUUCCGAGAAAAUUCUCGCAGCUUAUCGCGAUGAGUUUUUGCCUUGUGCAAGUUUUGAAGAAUUUUGCGAUGUUGCAGGAUUACUUGAUGAAAUUUCUAACCCUUCAACAUUUAUAAGCGAUCUUUUACAAAGUCUCGCCUAGCCGAAAGUUUCUUAUAAUUUUGAGUCUGUGAAAGAAAAAACAAAUUAACACAAGUGUACUUUUUUUUUUUUUUACCAAUUUGCUUGCUUUUAUUUAUGUGAUAACAACCAAACAUACCGCAUGUCCUUAAGUGACGUGGGUAGCUAUAAAUGUUUAACGUAUUUGAAAAAGAUAUUCAUUAUUUUAUAAUCUUACAUAAAUUAUAGUAAUAUGGUUUUCGUUAUAAAUUAAGUGUAUUACCUCGCGUUUUCGUUUCAUUUAUGCGCUUAUAUAAUUAAAUAAACCCUGUAAUAUUACAAAUUAUAAUUUGAAUUAAA